UGUUUUUCCCAAAUUUCAGGCAACUAUCCAUAUUGUCCAAAUGCUCAACGGCCAAAGGUAAAUGUGAAUGGUGAAUUGAUUCACUGUUUGCCAGGCCAAGAUAAAUGUGGCAGGAACCAUUCAUGCUAUUAUUCGGGCCUUAAUUACCAGUGCUGUCCACUUCUAGAGAACAAGCAUAUAAAAUCGCCUUCAAAAGUCCUAGAAUGUCCUACACCUAUGUUAACCGUAGUCGAUGAAGACGAAAAUCCAAUAAAAUGUAACCCAUUAAGCCGCAGUUGUCCAACGGAAACGAUGGUAUGCAUGAAAAUUAUUUCCGAUUCCAUUUGCUGCGAAGAUAUUUUACCUAAUAAUAAGUAUCACUCGGAAUCUAGUAACCGCGAAGAACUGAAAAUUGAUUGCCCUCAAGCCACAUUCACUAUGGUUGAUAGUGAUAAUAAGCCAAUAAAAUGCGAUGAUGAUGCAUGCAUGAAGGUUGUCUUUAUAUUUGUUUUAUAUUUUUAUAAGGCAAAAAUUGCUGAACUUCCUGUGCAAUCACCUCAAAGCUCAGUUGAAAUUCUCAAUUAUUCACCGCAUUCUUCCGGUGGAUAUGCAGUUUCACGUAGUUUCGCAGCUAAAACAGAAAAAGUUGAUAAUAGCAAACAUUUAGCACGAGAAUUUUUAAUGGAGCAAAUUCGAAAUGGUUGGCCAUACGCUGAACGAUUCUAUCGAACAUAUGAAGUACAACCACAACAACAUAAUAUUGAGCGAUUGCGCCACUAA